ACAUAUGUAAAUUUGAGACUACACAAUGCAUAAAUCAACAUACACAUACAUACGUACAUGCGUAGAUACAUGUUUAUUGCAAGCAUAAGUAAGAUCAAGUGAAGCAGUACCUCACGCCUCAUCUGCAAUUAAAAGUAAAUCACCGGAGUAACAUAAGUACUCAUAAACCUUACUCCACUGCAAGUGUUAAGUAGCAUGAAAUAGCUAGAAAUUAAUGUUUGCAUUCCAAAAGAUGAAAUUGGAGCGAUCGAAUUCUGAUUGGUCAAAUUCGAUCAUGCCACUCCAGGAAUAAGGUAUAAAAGAGGAAUUUGCAAACUUUGCAAAUCAGUUCUAUUUCUAAAGUGAAAGUGACCAGUUCAGGUAGAAGUUCCAGUUCCGGAUCCAGCUCUAGGAUUGCAGUGUUCCUGAUGUUCCUGAUAGCAAGUAUAAUUAUAACCAACUCAUAAUUUAAUUCUUCCCUUCGCAGCUCUUAUUUAUUAGAAAACCAAUUUAAUGAAUAAAAACCACGAUCUUGUAAUUUAAAGAAAGAAUAUCUUUUAUUUUAAAAUAGAGUCACAACGUGAUUCUAUUAUUGGCGCAGUCUCAACUAACUUAAGCGAAGGAGUUUUCUUAAAAAGUAUAAAUUUUUUUUUAAAGAAAAAAGAUUUUAUUCUUGGGUUCAGACCGAAAAUCCUGAAAAGAAUAUUUCAAUCUUAUAAAAAUUUUUAUACAAAAGAAAAAGAAUCCGGUAAAACAAUUGUAAAUCGAAUAUUACAUUUGUGUAUAUUGAGCAUUUUAUGAAACCUUAUUAUAUACCAAGGAGAGUAUCAGAAGAAGACGAGGACACCAUGGCAACUUCAGCACAAGGAUCAUUAGGACAAGGAGCAGUAGGGGGAAAUUUCGAAAUCAAUUUCGAUCCACUCAAAUUCAUUAAUCGAAUGGGUGAGUAUAAUGGUAGCAGUGCGGCAGAACUUGUACAAAUCGUGACCAAAGUAGAAUUUUUAAUAAAUAGUAUGAGUAGUUAUUCUGUAAAAUCAAGAAAGUUCGUAGUACUACAGAUAAGGGAUAAAAUCGUAGGGAAAACGAAUACCACAUUACUAAGAUAUAGUAUAGACAAUACUAGCUGGGAGGAUAUCAAAAGGAUAUAAGUAGAAAAUUUCAGUGAGAGAAAUACGUUCUUACAGUUGAGGGAAAUUGCAGAAAGGAUUCAGCAUAAGAAUAUAACUCAAACGUAUAAUGAAUUAUCUAGUAUUUUAACGCGAAUGAACAAUAAGUAUCAUUUGUCGGAAGAAAAAUCGAUAGAUAGAAAACCCGAAUGUAACGAAGAAGCAAUUUUAAACUUAUUUAAAGAAAAAAUCCCAAUUAACGCGGCAAGCAUUAUAAUUUCGCGGGAUAUUAAAACUUUAUUCGAAGCGUAUAGGAUUUUAGAACAAAAUAAUUGGACGCGGUCGGAUAGGAAGUAUCAAUUUACAAAGUUUAAUUCGAGUGAUGUGAACAAAAGUGAUAAAAAUAAAUAUACAAGUGCACCACGAAAUUAUCAGAAUUAUCAACGCUAUCAAAAUGUGAAUCAGAACCAACAAAAUCAAGUGAAUCAACCAAGUGAUUUAAAUAUAAAUUAUAAUCAAUGGCAAAACAAACAACCCACAGUGAAUGCAAGACAGCAGAAUGUGAACAUGCAACAAAACUAUCAACCAACACAGUUUACUCGCGGUAAUACGAGGCAAACAAAAAGGCAAGUGGCAGAGCCUAUGGAAAUUGAUAAUGUUUUAGUUGAAAACUUUGCAGAAGAAGCUCAAAAAAAGGAGAGUCCCAAUAAUCGAAGUGAACAUUGGAGGAAUACCAGUGAAACUUUUAGUGGACUCAGGCGCAGAGGCAUUUAUUAUUAA